CUGCAGUUGCCCCUCAUACCUCUCAAUCCGUCCCUCCCGUAACUUAAUAUCUGACACCCGUCCUGCCACCUCUACAGCAUCCCUACUAUCACAGCACAUACGAUAUACUGAAAAUGCCCCGCCCAACAACCAGACAAGAAGUCCUCGCGCGUCUCCGCCAAACCAUCGCCGAUGGUUCCAUCAUCGUCGGCGCGGGUGCUGGAAUCGGCCUCUCCGCCAAAUUCAUCGAAAAAGGCGGGGCCGAUCUCAUCCUCGUCUACAACUCGGGGCGUUUCCGCAUGGCGGGUCGCGGAUCCCUCGCCGGCAUGAUGCCCUACUCGGAUGCCAAUGCUGUCGUCUUAGACAUGGCAAAUGAAGUCCUCCCCAUCAUCCAAAACACCCCCGUCCUCGCCGGCGUCUGCGGCACUGACCCCUUCCGCGACAUGCGAGUCUUCCUACAACAACUCCGGAACAUCGGCUUCGUGGGGGUACAAAACUUCCCCACGGUCGGGCUGAUCGACGGGAACUUUCGCGCCAAUCUCGAAGAAACGGGGAUGGGCUACGACAAGGAAGUCGAGAUGAUUCGCAUCGCCCGGGAAAUGGAUCUCGUGACGACGCCGUAUGUGUUUACCGUGGAGGAAGGGGAGAAGAUGGCGCGGGCGGGGGCCGAUGUCAUUGUGGUGCAUUUGGGAUUGACUACGUCUGGGACGAUUGGCGCGCAGACGGCCAUUGGGUUGGAUGAGAGUGUUACUGUGGUUCAGGAGAUUCGGGAUGCCGUGGUGGAGAUUAAUCCGGAGGUGAUUGUGUUGUGUCAUGGGGGGCCGGUGGCGGGGCCGGACGAUGCGGCGUAUGUGUUGAAACGGACCAGGGGAGUGCAUGGGUUCUUUGGGGCGAGUAGUAUGGAACGCUUGCCGGUGGAGAAGGCGAUUGAGGAGAAUGCGCGGUUGUUUAAGGGGAUUAAGUUGGAUGCAUAGGAUGUAUAGAUUUGUAUGUGGAUAGGUGCCACCGGAACCCAAUCGGGUAAUUUCCCGGUGUCCAGGAUAAUUAACCGACCCGUGUUGGAGUAUUUAUUAUGCCCUCUAUCCUACUCAAUCAUACCCAUACACAUACACA